AUGCUGAACAGCAUCACCGAUGGGUUCUUGUGCUGCCUGAUGGGCAAAGCCACCAACGCCGUGGGGCCGCUGGACAGCGUUGAGUCCACCAACGGCUACAGCUUCAUGGAGGUGAAGCCGGGGAGGAUCCUACGGAUCAGGCACAGCGCACCCAGCCGCCCAGCCUGCGAGGGAGCCGAGGAGAGCCAGCCCGGGGGCCCGGAGCGGGGCACGGUGCACUGCAAACGGAAGAUCACCGUUUACCGCAACGGGCAGCUGGUGAUCGAGAACCUGGGCGACGCCGUCCGCUCCGAGAUCCUGCACUGCCACAACGGCUCGGGGGAGCCCAACAGCACCGUGGAGCUGGAGCUGUCCGACGUGGCUGGGCAAAGCCCUGCGCAGGGUGCUGCUGGCUCUCCGGGAUGCGGCACCCGGGAGGCGGCGGCGGCGGCAGCGGCCGGGGGCAGCGGCAGGCGCCGCAAGCGCAAGCCCAAGAAAGUCGUCAACAUCGACUGCAAGAAGCAGAUCACCAGCUGCAAAGGGACGCACAGCGACGUGGUCCUCUUCUUCAUCCACGGCGUGGGGGGCUCGCUGGACAUCUGGAAGGAGCAGUUGGACUUCUUCACCAAGCUGGGCUAUGAGGUGGUGGCUCCCGACCUGGCCGGACACGGCUGCAGCUCUGCUCCACAGAUCGCUGCUGCCUACACCUUCUACGCCCUGGCAGAGGACAUGAGAGCUGUCUUCAAACGCUAUGCCAAGAGGAGGAACAUCCUGAUAGGACACUCCUAUGGGGUGUCCUUCUGCACCUUCCUUGCCCACGAGUACCCAGACCUGGUCCACAAGGUGAUCAUGAUCAACGGCGGGGGGCCGACGGCGCUGGAGCCCAGCCUCUGCUCCAUCUUCAACAUGCCCACCUGUGUGCUGCACUGCCUGUCCCCCUGCCUGGCAUGGAGCUUCCUCAAGGCUGGCUUUGCUCGCCAAGGUGCCAAAGAGAAGCAGCUGCUGAAGGAAGGCAAUGCCUUCAACGUGUCCUCCUUCGUGCUCCGUGCCAUGAUGAGUGGCCAGUACUGGCCAGAGGGUGAUGAGGUCUACCACGCCGAGCUGGCCGUGCCCGUGCUGCUGGUCCAUGGCAUGCAUGACAAGUUCGUCCCAGUGGAGGAGGACCAGAGAAUGGCUGAGAUCCUGCUGAUUGCCUUCCUGAAGGUGAUUGAUGAGGGCAGCCACAUGGUGAUGAUGGAGUGCCCCGAGACGGUCAACACCCUGCUCCACGAGUUCGUCCUGUGGGAGCCCGAGACGCCAGCUGGGGACGGGCAAGGGGAGAAGAAAUAA